UGGGUGUUGUGAAUUCCUUCCUUUCUUCUUUCAUUCUCUCUCUGUCUCUCUCUCUCCUGCUUUUGUCUUCGAUUAAAGAUAGCAAGAUUCUGAUGGUCAUCAGUCGCUCUCAACUCUCAAGAGAUCAGAAUAUAAUCAUUUGUUUUCUUUAGCUUCAUUUUGAAGUGCUCCUUCAUUUUGUUCCGGUGGCUGUUGCUGUGGAUUGGGAGCGGAGAGUUUUUUUUUUUUGUGUACUUUUUCCCCUCUUUUUUUAAAUGGAGUACGGUUGCCGGGAAACGACGGCGGGGAAGACCAAAACGGAGACGUUUAAUAGCUGGGCGCAGCAGACGGAAGAGAGUUAUCAGUUGCAGCGGGCGCUAGCUUUGAGAUUGUCUUCUCAAGCAGCUUUAGCUAAUGAUCCAAAUUUCUUGGUUUUCAAAUCCGAUGAUCGUUUUGAUUCUUUCUCUGAUUCCGCUGAAGCUGUUUCUCAUCGUUUUUGGGUAAACGGAUGUCUCACUUACUUUGACAAAAUCCCAGAUGGAUUUUAUCUAAUCCAUGGGGUGGAUCCUUAUGCUUGGACUCUAAGUACAGAUCAACGAGACAUUGGCCUGGUCCCAUCUUUUGAAUCCUUAAAGGCUCUUGAUCCUUGUGCUGAUUUGUCAGUGAAAGUAGUUUUAAUUGACAGAUUCAGGGAUCCUGGUCUGAAAGAGCUACUCAAUAGUGUUAUUAGUCAUUCUAGUAGCUGGUUAACCACAAAAGAUGUGAUUGUUCAGCUUGCCAAUCUUGUCUCUAAGCGCAUGGGGGGGGUAACCUCUAGUGGAGAAGAAAAUCUUGGUUUAUGCUGGAAGGAAUGCACUGAAGUUCUGAUAAAUCGUUUACGAUCUGUUGUGAUUCCAAUUGGAAGCUUACGUGUUGGCCUCUGUGUCCAUCGUGCCUUACUGUUUAAAGUGUUAGCAGACUCAGUUAACUUGCCAUGCAGAAUUGCUAAAGGCUGCAAACAUUGUAGAGCUGAUGUUUCUGCUUCUUGUCUUGUACUGGUUGGUAAUGAGAGGGAAUAUUUGGUUGAUUUGUUUGGGAAGCCAGGAAUGUUAAGCCAGCCUGAUUGCUCACUUAAUUGUACUUCUUCAAUUUUAGUUUCUUCACCUUUAUCUCAUCCGAGUUUUAAACCUAUCCAAACAGCUGAGGAUUUCAGGACAUUUGCCAAACUAUUUUUCUUUGACGGCCAGUCACUUAAUCUUGCAUUUGAUGACACUAUCUCAGGCACGACUACUGAUCAUGAUGAGAAAAGUAGUCAAACACUCAUUAAAGAUAACAAGAACCUUUUACCCAUUUCAAGCAACAACCAUGCAGCUCCACCACCUCUGCUCAAAAGAGUUACUGUGAACAUUACCCAUGGCAAGGAUCGUGGUGUUCUAAACUCAUCCGAUGAAUCAGAUAACCUAGCAAAAGGUCCAAUUCCACUAGGUUCUGUUUUCUCCAAUCCAAAAUCUGACGCAUCUAAUUAUCAGUUGUUCUUGCAAGCAAACAAGUCAUUUGUGAAUAAAUCAAGUAGUGAACUUCACCUUGAAGAGGAUGAUUUGGACAUUCCAUGGAGUGAACUUGAUUUGAAGGAGAAAAUUGGAGAAGGUUCAUUCGGAACUGUCUAUCGUGCUGAUUGGCGUGGCUCAGAUGUCGCUGUCAAAAUUCUGAUGGAGCAAGAUUACCAUGUGGAGCGCUUCAAUGAAUUUUUGAGUGAGGUUAAAAUCAUGAAACGUUUGAGGCAUCCAAACAUUGUUCUCUUUAUGGGUGCUGUUACUCAGCCUCCUAAUUUGUCCAUAGUUACAGAGUAUUUAUCAAGGGGUAGCUUGCAUAAACUUUUGCAUAUGCCUGAUGCUGGAUUGAUACUGGAUGAGAAACUGCGCUUAAAAAUGGCAUAUGAUGUGGCAAAGGGUAUGAACUAUCUUCAUCAGCUUAGACCUCCCAUUGUUCAUCGAGAUUUAAAGUCUCUAAACCUCUUAGUGGACGGUACAUACACGGUGAAGGUUUGUGAUUUUGGGCUUUCCCGCUCAAAAGCAAAGUCGUAUCUUUCUUCAAAAACUGCGGCAGGAACUCCUGAGUGGAUGGCACCAGAAGUUCUCCGCAAUGACCCAUCAAAUGAGAAAGCAGAUGUUUACAGCUUUGGUGUAAUCUUGUGGGAAAUUAUGACCCUUCAAAGGCCUUGGAGAAAUUUAAAUCAAGCACAGGUUGUAGCAGCUGUUGGUUUCAAGGGUCAGAGGCUUGAAGUUCCAAACAAUGUAAAUCCUUCAGUGGCUGCCCUAAUUGAUGUCUGCUUGACUAGUGAGCCUUCCAAACGUCCAUCGUUUUCAUAUAUCAUGGAAUCUCUACACAAAUUGAUCAAAAACUCCGUUUCUCAAUCACUUAAUGUGCAUGUUCGGUGACAAAAUCUAUUGGAGUGGAACUCCAAUAAAUUAUUUAUUCUUAUACAAUAUGCCAUCCAUUUGAUGAUCAUCUGGUUUAUCUUUCAGGUGCGCUUGUCUUUGUAUAAAUGGAUGUUAAAUUAAAUCAUCUUUUCUGGUAUCUAUGGCUUACAUGUCUGGCAAUUUGCCUUUGGAGCUUCA